AUGUCGACUAUUAUCUCCAUUAAGGCCCGUGAGAUCCUCGAUUCUCGUGGCAACCCGACCGUUGAGGUUGAUCUUACCACUAAGGACGGCAUGUUCCGCGCUGCCUGCCCCUCUGGUGCUUCCACUGGCGAGUUCGAGGCUCUUGAGCUCCGUGAUGGUGAUAAGGCCCGUUAUCAGGGUAAGGGUGUCCUCAAGGCUGUCGCCAACGUCGAGAAGGUCAUUGCCCCCGCUAUCAUCGGCAAGGACGUUACCGAUCAGGCCGGUAUUGAUAAGUUUAUGGUUGAGGAGUUGGACGGUACUCAGAACGA